AUGGACGUGUUUCCGUCGGUGAUUGGUGACAAAGUGACAGUUAACGUCCCCAAGGGAAUGCCCGAACUAAUGAUGCUCAUCACUCGGGAAGUGCGUACCUAUUAUAUUAUAAUAACCUAAACAAAUCUAGUAAAUUCGGUUGCAAUAAACUUGGCAAAUUAAAUUUGAACAGGCCUGGGCGAUUCCACCACCAUCGCAGUCGACAUAAGUUACUGUACUCGGUGGUGGCUUUGUUUUAAAGAAAAUCCGGAUGGGGCAUAUGUUUUUGGUAGUGAUUUGAGAAAAAUAGCAUUGAGUAAUAGAACUCCGCUACUAGAGACAAAUUUUCCCCCAACUAUAGUGUUGCUGUAAUUUAAUUUGAGUGGAGCCUUCCAGCAGAGAGUUUCUGAAAAAACAUAAAAUUAUAGUAUAAACAUUUUUGAAACUUCCCAGCUACUAAAGAGAUUUAUAUUUAACUUCUCAUUCGCAUUAUUCCAUUAAGGGUAAACUUAGCUCCCUUCCGUAAUACCACUCUCCCACAACAAUAUACAUCAAUUUAUAUUAAAAUUCACCACGACUUUUAUCAUUUCAAUCCACGUGUAAAACAACUCACGAACAAAAUAGUAUAUAUUUUUGAGAAAUAUUUGGAAAAAAAAUGGAAAUCUUUUAAACUGGUGAAAAAAGAAAUCAGAAAAAUUUCGAAAACUGAAGUAUAAGAUUUUAUAAAUUGAAAUUUGAAUUGUAACUUCAAAAUGUCAGUCUAACUACAUUAAAUACUGUGGUUUUAGGUUUACCUACUAUUUUCUAUAAAUUUGGUCCAAAAAUCUUGACUUCUUAGGUAAGCUGUCAAAAAUUUAAAAUAGGAUUUGAAUAAAAUAGUAAAGCCCCCCUCUACUCAGUUGACUAGUUUAUUAUAAUAAUUUAGCUGAAUAUAAUAUUGUUAUUGCGCGAUAUCGUAAAUUAUGAACAAUAACUGUCGUGUUUAGAAUAAGUGAGUGAUAGUGUAAAUAUUAUAUUUAAAAAAAAGUCGAGUGUGUAGACUAUUAAUAUUAUUUAUUCGUAGGUAUUGAGAACAAAUCCCGAAGACGAAAACGCGGCGCACAGAGUAGUGGCUGGCUACUUAAAAUGGUUGUUGGAGAAAUAUCGCGGAAGAGGUGUCCAGCCGCGGAACGCUUUCGAAUUUUAUUUGUUGUUUUGAUUGAUUGAACGUUUUAUUACUUUUCUAGGUGAUUCGUUAUUGGACGCGGUGAUGCAGAUGAAAAUAAAUAGUCUAAUCAGGACGGAAGAGGACAAGUACAUCGAACAGUUAAAAGCAUCGGGAUACACUACAGCAAAAUUGGAUACAUCCGCCACAAUUAUCCAAGUACCUAUAUUAUGACGAGUUUAACCGAUGCAUCGGGAAUCCAACUAGAAUUUAUAUAGUAUACGUUUUUACGUUUUUUUUCUUAUAUCUAAUCUUGAAUAUGUAUAUAUAUAUGUAUAUAUAUAUAUAUAUAUAUACCUAUCAGUGGUGUAUUAACUGUAGUGGGUCAUGGACAUAGAUCCACCUCUAUAACAUUUAUAUAUAUAUUAUUGAACUAGAUAUUGAUAUUAAGAUUUUGAUUGAGUUUUUAAAUUAUCAAAAAAUAAAAACCCGUGUUUGAAAUUCGUGGUGAUCGCAGUAAAAAAAAAAUCAUAUCAAAUCAUAUUCAUGUUUUAUCAGCUAAAAUUAAUAUCAUAACUGUGUGCCUGUGGUGGCAUGUAGUCUGAUAAAGAGAACGGUAACAAUAUAAACCUAUAAUCAUAUUAUCGAGUUAGCUAAUCGGAAGGUUUUAUAAAAUAAAAGUUUAUAGUUAAAAUUAUUAUUUUCAAGUAGUUUAUAUUUUUUUAAACAAAUAUUAUCAAAGAAAAUAUAUAUAAUUAUGGUGACUAGAUAUAAAAAUUUAAAAAAAGUAAAUGUUAAAAUUUAGGUCCUCCAUUAUAAAAAAAAAAACCCUCCCUUAAAAGAAUUGGCCAAAGUGUAUACUAUUCUACCUAUUUCGCAUCUCUAUCUAUAUACAUUUUUUUUUAUAUGAUUACUCUGUUAUUAUUUUUCUAAUAUCAACUAUAAAAACUAAUUAGGUAUUUUAAAUCAUAAUGUCAACUCAUCUGGUUUGUGUUUUUAUGAUGAAAAUAUUUUGAAAUUUAAGUAAGCUUAAAAGUAUACAUGUAUAACUAAAGUAUAAAUAUUUGAAUUCAUUUUUAAAAGUAAACGUUUAAAUAAAUAAAUAAAUAAAUAAAUAAAUACAAAACUUUAUUAAUAUUUUAUCUACAUAUUUAUAUUUAUUUAUUUAUUAUUUAUAAUUAAAAAAAAAAAAAAGAGUACAAUUGUAGUUGUACAACACUAUUGUUAAGGACAUAGGACUAUGCAUUAAAAACUAGUCCUGUCCUACGGAAAAGAGUACAUCUGGUCACCAUAUAUAUAAUGCAUAUGUAAUUAUUUCACCAUAAUAUGACAUAUGUAUAUAUAUUGUUGACAAAGCGAUACUAUCAACUGAACUCCGUUCAGAAUCGUUUUUACAUUAGCAAUGAUUAAUCGUUGAGAUGCAUUAAAUUUUACCUCAUCGGAUUAUCGGAAGUUUACAACAGACGCAAUACUACGACAUUACUGACAUUUUAGUAAUUUUUUUGUUUAUACAUCCUACAAUUCAAAAUAAUUUUUAUAUUCUUAAUUUGAAAAUAUUAUCAAAUAAUUUACUUUGGGAAUAUAUAUAUAUAUGUUUAAUAUUAAAGUUUUUAAUGAGUUAUUCAAUAGUCACUUAGAUACCUAAUUAUCAAAAAAAAAGACGUCUUAGAAUAAUGGGGACGGGUGCAGCCACUAUUAUAAGUAAUUUAAAGCAUACCUGUAAGCUGCAACGAUAAUUCAUUGCUUACUAAAGCAAUUUGAUUGAUUCUGAGCGGAGUUCAGUUGAUAGUGAUGCUUUUUCAAUAAUAUAUGUGCCAUUUUAUAGUAAAAUAAUUAAAUAGGUUUUAUAUAUUUUCUUUAAUAAUAUAUGUUUAACGGUACACCUAUUUUCCCAGUUUUCCCAUGUUCUUUCUCGUUUUUGUACAUUUGCUGGAAAAACUCCUGAUAAAAUCGAAAAAUGACCGCUAUAAAGUAUCUCCUCAGUCAGAUUUCUUUUUAGAAACAUUGUUAUCAUUAUAAAUUGAAGCAAAAUUGAUGGUAGAGAAGUUGUUCACAGGAAAAAAGAAGAAUAUAAUAUAUUUUAAAUAAUACCUAUAUUUCUUUUAUUUUCCCGUUUUCCCACAGUUUUUCUUCAGUUAUCACAUUUAUUGAGAAAACUCUGGAGAAAAUUGAAAAACGACCUCUCUUAAGUACCUCCCCAGUGAAAUUGCAUUUUAGAAAAAUUGCUAACAUUAAAAGUUGGAGCAAAAUUGUUGGUAGAAAUGUGGUCUACAGAACAAAAAAAAAUAAUAAUAAUCAUCUUCGUAAAACCAUAAGAGCCUUCGCUCCACACAAAAUCUAAAAGCGUAUAAUGUAGAAACGUCUAUGCAUUUUAAUGUAAUAAAUAAUUUGAAAUGUAAGAACAAACUAAAGCGGUUUACAUCAAUUUUAGGCUAGUUCAUUAUUGCGCUGAGGGCCUCAGUUAAUAACGUCAACUGAAAUUGGAAAAUUUUUUUACUUCUAUGAAUUGACAUUUUUAUAUCACAGUUGUACAAGAUAAUAUUCAACCGGGGUUUAUAUUAAUAUUAUCAUAUUAUGCACAUUGCACCUUGUACUUGUAUAUUAAUACACAUGGACAAUUUUGGUCUACAUUAUUGUAAUAAUAUGAGUAUAAUUGACGAAGUGAUACCAACUCUAAAUAGUUUCUAGACAAUAUUAUCAUUAAAAUAACGUUCGUAUCAUUUUUUUUUUUUAUAAUAUGAGGAAUGGACAUUUGUGUUCACGUUCCUCAUAAAUAGAAAUUUGUCUCUAUUUGAAAAGGAAUGUAUUCCAAGCUUAAGUGAAAGAAACGCGAUCCUUCCCAACACUGGUUUUUGUUCACGGUUAUACAAAUUAUAAUUUUUGCCUGUAACGUUGAAAAUAAAGUUUAUUUUUAGAUCUCACAAGAUAAAAGUUGACCAGCGUUUGGAAAAAUUCUGAUGUUUUAAAAAUAAAUACCAUAGUAAUAUAUAUAUAUAUAUAUAUAUAUAACUAUAUUAUAUAUUUAUAAUUUGCCCUUGACUUCUGUUUACUUCUAGCGAUUCAUUCUGGACCAAAUGAGAUUGAACUAGGGAAUUAGAUCUGUUUUAUAAAUAGAUUUAGUCAUAAUUUCUCUUAUGUAAUUCAAAAUUAAGCAAAAGGGUUGAAAUUAUAUGUAUGCAUGUCGUUAGUAUCAAGAAUAUGAUUUUUGGGAAUUUCAACUUUCAACCCCCAUCCCAACAAUUUGUAUGCUUGAAUUCCACCUUUUUUUGGAAUUCAUAUAUUAUUUUGGCGUAGCAUAGUGCUGUAUUAUUUCUAGUACUCGGUUAUUUAUUGUUUUGAAAAUAAUAUAUUUUCUAUAAUACAAAAAAGUGGGUGGAGGAAUUCGACUUAUAUGAUGGAGCUAUGCUGAUCAUUGAUGGCUAUUUUUUGUAUAGCAAUGGUGGAAGAGUUUAAGAAUCGAACCUACAGAUACUGGUGAGUAUACAUUGCCAAUAAUUAUAGUUAAGUGACAUUAUAAUACUUGAAUUCUAAUUUUGUAAAUACAUAAUGAUAUACAGAAGAAUUGCGUAUUCAUGAAAUGCUAAGUGAAGAAAUAAUACAAAUUCUCGACAAAAAUGGUAUAACGUCCACGAUUGCAAACGAAGCUGCUUCUAAAAUACAAGUAAUUAUUUGGCCUGAACCAUAAAAAAAAAACUCGUAAUCUAAUGAUACGUAGCAAAAAAUAAAAAUAUAUCAUACAAAUUAUUCAAUUAUUCUCAGAAUGUUAAAACUUGUUUGUUUUGUGAUAAUCUAAUGUCUUUUAAUAUCAUAUUUCUUACAGGAGUCCUGGAGGAAAUAUCAUGGGUUACGUCUGACGACGAAAUCGCCGGGGUCAAACGACAAGCUUUCGUCUUAUGUAGAAGAUGAAUUAAGUGAUACGACCCUAAACUACGAAAACGAUUUUGACGAACGCGUUAACGUGGUCACAAAAGGCCAGCGAGACUAUGUGCCGCCAAUUCCCGAUUUUAUAAUAGACGACGAUUUAAUGGAAAAAGUGUCAUUCGAAGACGACGACGACAUUAAUUAG